GGAAUGACAAUGACAUUGUCACACAUAAAUAUCAUUGCCUGUGGUUGUAGAUCAUAGUUUCAAAGGCUGGCCAGGGAGGAAAGUUGGUAUACCGAAUUACGUCGCAGUGAUUUUUUUUCCAAGACGCACCUACAAUUGCGCGAGCGAUGUCUGUCCGCCCACUGACGAUGAGAAUUGGGCAAGCCAAGACGGCGCUCUGGGUGUGGUAAGAAGUGAGAGGCGUUUCUUUUCUCCAUUCAAGUGUAAAAUGUUUGACGGGAGAAAACUCCGUGCUGACACCCAUAACUUUUACCGUUUCGAAUGUCCAUGAGUAUUUUUAGCUUUCGUGAUCAAGAAGGAAACGACAAGCCUACCUACAAGACCACUCACUCACAACUUGGGAGUCGCGACGAGGAAGCUGCCUGAAAUCAACCUGUGUUUGCCUCACUGUUUAUUUGGUUACUGACGACCUCCAAGGACCAGAAAUUAUGACGGAACAACUCGAGAAGUUGCAAUAAGCUUUUCCAUUCUUUCACUCCUUCCCAUCUCUUUCUAUACAUUUCACCCUUUCCUCCCCCUCCUGUUCUCCCCCCUCUCCAUUUUCUCCUCUCCCCCUUUCCUCCUCCUUCCCCUCUCCUCCUUUUCUCCUCUUCCUCCUCCUCUUCCUCGUCUUCAUCUUCCCACCAACCCUCAGUCAAGUCAUGCGUCGCUUCAGCUCCGAGGGCUCCCUCCUGGACCUGGAUGCGUUGCCAUGGCGACGGGUGGAGCUUAACAGCAAGCUGGAGCCUCCGGAGGCGUUCGGCGGCAGUGGCGUGGGCGUCUACACGCCACACCUAGAGGCCAUCGACAGCCCCCCGCUGUCCCCGUCCCCUGCCCCCGUCAUGGCCGCCGAGAACGCGUCGUCCCCGACGUCCAGGGUGCGCUCCAGCCGCGAGCUGGUCAAGGAGCACAGCAUGAGCGUGGAGAACAUCACAGAGCUGGACAAGGCCGGCGGAGAGCUGAGGGUGGCGUCCCUGAACGACAGCUACCGGGCCUACAGCGACGGGCAGCUGCACAAGGACCCGCAGGGCAGCAGGGAGAGCGUGGGCGGCACCCUCGGGGACGGAGAUGCCCACUCUCCCCACUCGCCGUCCAGCGGCACCAAGUGCAACCCGCUGUCCUCCAUGGGCCUGCACCAGCACCAGCACCACGCCAGGGCACGGCUCUCGGCCGCCAAGCUGCACCUCAAGAGCCUCUUCUCCUCGUCGAGUCCCCACUCCUCCCACUCCAACCUGGCAGCAGCUGAGCAGAAGAACAGCGCAACCAGCACUCAGGAGCGGCGGUCGCGUCUGCCCUUCCUGCGCCAGUGGAGCCAGGUGGGCCACUCCAAGGCCCGGCUGAGCCGCGAGGAGCUGGAGUCCUGGGCCCAGUCGCUUAGCAACCUGCUGUCCAGCCGCACUGGCCUGUCGGUGUUCGGGGCGUUCCUGAGGUCAGAGUUCAGCGAGGAGAACCUACAGUUUUAUUUGGCGUGCGAGCAGUACCGCCACAGCUCCAACAACUUUAGCCUGCAGCGCCGUGCGCGAGACAUCAGCGCCACGUACAUACAGGCGGGGGCACCACGAGAGGUCAACCUGGACAGUAAGACGCGUGAGCUGACCAUCCAGCUGCUUCAGGCCCCCUCCCACACCUCCCUUUCCCUGGCCCAGAAGCGCAUCUACUCCCUCCUCGACACGGACUGCUACCCGCGCUUUCUCCAGUCGCAGAUAUACAUGACACUCAUGCAGGAUGCUGACUAAUGGUGUGUGUGUGUGCGUGUGUGUGUACAUAUGUAAGACUGUGUGCAUGAGUGCAUGCAGUUUGGGUGGGUAAGUGUGAGACAGUGUGUGUGUGUGUGUGUGUGUGGGUCAGUGUGUGUAUACUGUAUGAGAGGGUAGAUGUGACCGUAAGCACUGCUUCAUCAAAUGACACAUCUACCUCCCAGCUGAAGGCUGCCUGCUUGGUGGGUUGUAAAGGGGGCGGGAGGGGAAAUGCUUGGAGUGGGUGGGUGGUUGGGUGGUUCAGGCUUGUGUGUGUGCGUGUGCUUGCGCGUGUGAACAUGUGCUGGGCAGAGACUACUGAUGGUGUAGCAGCCUGUAUUGUAUUUGGGGUGUAACAGCACUGAUAGUUUUGGCAUUAGUUUAACUCUGGGAGGUCACUGGAACAGUGCUAUGCUGUGCGUGCGUGCAUGCGUGUGUGUGUGUGUGUGAGAGAGAGAGAGAAAGAGAGAGUGUGUGAGUGCAUGCCUGCAUGUUGAAGUCAUGAAGGGGUGGGGUACCCAAGUCGCCCUUCUACUCUGCCAGCAGUAUAGUGCAUGAGAGUCUGUGUACAUAAAGAGGAAAGAGAGGACAAAGAAUCUGACAACUUCACCGGAGUGUGUGUGUGUGUGUGUGUGUGUGUGUGUGUGUGUGUGU